UUUCUUUUUACAUCAACAGACUGGUUAACAAUCAGAGAUGAGCUAUUUAUCUGACUAGCUAGCUAGCUGUCGCACUGGUGAACCUACGUUAGUUAACGUUGUAUACGAACUAAAAUGACUGGCUUUAUACUUUAUGUAUUUGCUUUCUAGUCAGUAUAUAAGUACCAUAACUUAGCUUGCUAAUAUUAAUAAAGUGACACCUCUUCGAUUUGCAUUAUUUUUCGUUCCAGCGGCGCAAUUCCAAUAGUCAGCUGACUAACCCAAGUUUACAUAGCUAACCACUUCAAAUUGCUCGCCAGCUUGUAGACGUCUUUCUUCCUAGCAAAUCGUCCAUAUCAGUUUUAAUAUACUCGCUUGCUAGCAGAAUAGUCGGCUUGCCUGAUCAUGACCACACAGAAUGUGAGCUUUGGUAAAGACAGGCUUGUCUCCGUACACGGUCCAUGGGAUUGCAAGUCAUCUGAACGCAAACUUGGCGACAUCGUAUAUCCAGUGACAACCAGCAGUUUAGCUAAUCUUACCCAGGUCUACACCGAGAACUCAGGCGAGAUUGACCUGGUGUACUUGGAGCAGGAUGCCGAGGCGUCACCAUGCAUGCUCAGAUUGGAGUGCGCCCCACACUCUUCGGCCCUCAUCUCCAGCCUGUUGGUAGUCACUGAGGCUCGGACUAUGGAGGUGUACUCUGGAGCAGGGGAGUACUGUGGCACCUGUCGUGGGGAGCGACAUGACACCCUUCAACUUGAAAAUGCUGCUGAAGGCAUCUCACUUUACAAGAAAUACGUACAAUUAGAGAGUCCAUUGGCAUCUUGUGAUGUGAAGCUGCUGUCUCUGGGCGGGCGGGCCCGGGUGGGCAUCGGCGGGGUGGUUCUGGGCCUGCGGGACGAUGGCCCGGCGGGCGGCACCCAGGUCCCGGGGCAGGCCAUCGACCUGCAUCAGGUGCAGUCCAUGGUGGAGUCCAUCGGCACCACCCUUUCACCCGGGGCCCAGAACCUCAUGGACAUGGUGCAGUUCCAACAGAAGAAUAAGGCCGAUGCCCUGGGUGGGUUUCUGCCUCUGCUCCUGGGCAGUGGACCGCUGGCGGUCAUGGCGAAGGCCACCAUAGAGUCCAGAACCUGCUCAGCAGACGCUCAAACGCUGACUGCAGCGGUCCACGGUCACGCAGACGCUUCAUCCCCCGGUCAGUCCCUGGAGCCGGAGAGCGCGGUCGCCGGACCGAACACCCUGCCCCAACCGCUUGGUACCGCGGCUCCCGACCGCCACGACCGCAGGCUGACCAACGCGGUGUCGUCGCUGCUGAACGGUCAUCCCGGGCGAAGGCCUUUUGGCUUCGGUCCAGACUUGCUCCCAGUGCUGCAGGGCGUGUGCGGUCAGGUGGCGCAGCUCCGGAUCGAAGACGGACCAUCAGCGACCGCAACUUCUGCGGGAACAGAAGAGGGGCACUCCUGCUGCCACUCGCUGGAGCUCAGAUUGGAGAGGCGCAUGGAGGAGAUGGAGGAGCGGCUGAAGCAGCACAUCGACCGGCGGCUGGACGCUCUGCAGCAGGGCCUGGAGAGAGCCCUCCUGGAGGCCCUGCCCCUGGCACACCUCCCCCAGGGCAUCAAGGGCCCCAGCGUGGCCCCGCCCGACUGCCACAGCAAACACGGCCUUCUGAACGGGGACGCGUGAUCCAGGUCCCGCAGUGCCGCGGCACGGCAAUGCCCGAUGUGUCAGCCCCUGGAGGUAAUGGUUGUCCUAACCACCCCUUUGCCCCUAUGAGGUAACUGUCGCUCUAAGCACCCCUUUGCCCCUCUGAGGUAACGGCCGUUCUAAGUACCCCUUUGCCCCUCUGAGGUAACGGUUGUUCUAACCGCCCUUUGCCCUUCUGAGGUAACAGUCAUUCCUACACACUGCUUCACCCCUCUGAAGUAACGGCCAUCUUGGCUCUGUGGUGGGGCACACCUACACCAUCACCGACCUGUAACAGGUGCCGGGCAAUGAUCUCUGCUAUAGUUGCGACACACGGUUGCGAUCAUGUGAGCCCGUGGUUAUUCAACCUAUGCAAAUCAUAGCGUCUCUGUAUCUGCAUUUGUUUUUACGUAUUUGAAUACGUUUCUGCACUGACAUCCCUGAUCUUUAAGCUGCUGAUAUUAAGUAAAUGUACAUGUGAGUGUCUCAUUAACCAUGUUUCUUUUUUCAUUGUUGUUUUAAUACUAGUUCAGCUGGUUACCAAAUUGUUUCAUUGUAUUGUUUUUCAUUGUUGUAUUAUUUAUACAUAAAUAUCUUCAGAUGGUUUGGGAAUUAUUCUGUUCAUUGAUUACUUCCAACCUGGUUGUAUAUGAACAUAUGUUGAUGAUUACAUGCACUCAGUGACCACUUUAUUAAGUACUUAUUUAUUAGACUUACUGGGCUUCUGCUGCUGUAGCCGAUCCACUUCAAUGUUCAACGUGUUGUGUGUAUAUGUACAGUGGUAUGCAGAGAUGCUCUUUUGCAUACCACUGUUUUAAUGUGCGGUUAUUUGCAUUACUGUCACCUUCCUGUCAGCUUUGACCAGUCUGACCACUCUCCUCUCUCAUUAACAAGGGGUUUUCACCCACUGAACUGCCACUCACCGGAUUCCUUUUGUUUUUCGCACCAUUCUCUGCAAACUCUAGAGACUGUGUGAAAAUCAUUCCACGGUUAAAGUCACUUUACUUGGGUCACAUUUCUUCCCCCAUUCCAAUCUUUUGUCUGAAGAACAACUGAAGUUGUUCAAUGGUUGAACAACCGUUGACUUGCUGCCACAUGAUUGGCCGGUUAGAUAUUUGCAUUAACGAUUUGUUCUACAGGUGUACCUAAUAAAGUGAUCACUGAGUGUAUGUAUUGUUUGAAUGGUUGUAACUUCCAUUUGACCUCCUUCAUACAGUAGUUCAGAAGAGAGUACUUUAAGGGUAACCUUCAGUUUUCCCUAAACCACUCUGUUCAUUAAAUUUUACAUUUGAAUGUAAAUAACUUUACAGCACAUACCUUGGGCUUGUUGUUUCUUUGUAUUACUAAAGUAAAAUCAGUGUUUUGGUCAAAGUGACCGUUUCCAGAUUCAGCCAUGAUAACAGUUGUAUUGGCAGUUAUUGAUUAAAUAUUUAUUGGAGUUACUAUUUUGCAUAACCCGUUUGAGGAUUGUCUCACCCUAUACUACAACAAAGUCAUCAUACGGAGCAAGUUAUGAAAUGUCACUUUUACACUGAUAUAUUGAAGUCGAAAGAUUGGUAUCAUCCUUGAAAGUAAAUGUAUUUAUAUUGACAGUAAAUAAAUAAUAGGAAUUAUUUCAUAUUA